AGUUGAUUUGGUUUUGGUAUUGGAGUUGUACCAUUUUGCUUGUUGCGUCCAAGUUAACCUAUAAGUAGAGAGGUGAAACAUUUAUUGUUGUGCACAUAGAAAUUAAUAUUAGUAACCGUUCUUGAAUUUACAAGAAAUGUUUAUUUUUUAUUGAGUCAUAUAGUUAACAAUAUUGUAAUAAUCGGUAAAAUGGCAUCCCCCCUAGAACAAUUUGUGAAUCAUGUUAGGACGUAUUCACAGCAAGGAAAUUAUCGUGAUCUACACAACAUGUUGACCAAAUCUUCUGACAUAUUGGCAAGGAAUGGGUCACAGCUGGAUACAGUGUUGGAGAUGUUGGACUUGCAGCAACACUCUCUGGGCAUGUUGUUCGUGUUGGUAGUCAAACUGACCCUACCUCCACCAACUGCCCCCACCCCUCCGACAGGGCAACCUGCUGCCCCUGACUAUCAUGAAAUGCUCUUUGCACAAGUGCAGGAGUUCAUCCUCGGCUGCAAUGCAGAACAAGUUCGGAUCGCCACAGAGACUUAUGCAGAACUAUGUCACUUGCUGACUCGGAACCUGAUCGAGUUGAACACUCCUAUCCGUGGUAUCGAGCUACUGAAGCAAGCGAUCCGUAAGAUACAGGUGUCCGAGUGCCAGCUGACAUCAAUACAUGCAGAUCUCUGUCAGCUCUGUCUCUCUGCUAAAUGCUUCAAACCUGCACUUGAGUUCCUGGACACAGACAUCACCACCAUCAGUGAAGAGGGCAGUCAGUUUAAUAGCAAACAUUUCCUGCUGUACUACUACUAUGGAGGCAUGAUCUACACAGCUUUGAAACGCUAUGAGCAAGCAUUGUACUGUCUAGAAGUAGUGAUCACAACUCCUGCCUAUGCAGUGAGCCAUGUCAUGUUAGAGGCAUAUAAAAAGUACAUCCUGGUUUCGCUCAUCCUGUAUGGCAAGAUCCAGAAUGUGCCAAAGUACAUGACGGUGACGGUGACUCGGUUCAUCAAACCGUUGAGCCAGAUGUAUCACGACUUAGCUACUGCUUGCAUGGCCAACAACUCUGCGGAGGCACAGGCAUUGCUUACCAAAUACCAUGAUACCUUCACAAGGGACAAAAAUAUUGGUUUGACAAAGCAAGUUAUUGCUUCCCUCUAUAAGAAGAAUAUCCAGAGGCUCACUAAGACCUUUCUGACGUUGUCACUAACUGAUGUCGCCAGCCGAGUACACCUUGCCAGUCCUGCCGACGCAGAGAGAUACAUCCUCAACAUGAUAGAGGAUGGAGAGAUCUUUGCUGCUAUCAACCAGAAGGAUGGGAUGGUUAGUUUCCACGAUGAUCCUGAGAAGUACAACUCACCAGCCAUGCUCAAGCGACUUGAAGAUGAGAUGAGUGUAUGUAUGGAGUUCAACCGUCGUAUCCAGACCAUGGAAGAAGAACUGAUGGUAAACCCUCAAUAUGUCAAGAAAUGUGUGGGCUCUCAGGAUGAUGAUAUGACUCCCACACAGGGCUCCAAGAUCUCUACCUACUCUAUGUAAUUCGGAUCCAAGUGAAGUCACUUCAACUUCUCAAAGCUGAAGAUGUUUAUGAGUGAUUUAAUGUCUUCAGUUGUUUCCUGUAUUAUAAUAAUUUAUCAAUAUAUUCAUUAUAACAUA